UUCUUACUACUAGUAGUAAAGAAGCUACUAGGGGCAGGACAAGAAAUUGAACAUGUGGCGGCAUUGCCUCCUGGGCCUUGUGGCGUCUGCACCCAUCCCGUUUGAGCAUGAGGAUGUCAGUGACCUCAUUGGAAUAGGGAGUCAGGUGGCUGCAGCUGAAGAUAUGAGCAAGGUGGACAAAGACUUGUCGCGGCAUGGCCGGCGGCAACGGAUGACAGCGUGCGUCCGCAUCACACGGGCCUUUGUGCAACAGCGCCCCGAUGAGGUGGAUGCCACAGUUGCAACUCUGAUGUCUCAAACAGUCCCAGGGAUGCCCGAACCGACAGAGGAACAGGGCAUGAACCAAUUUUUCUCCAUGAGCGUCUUGGCUUGCUACGAGGCGAUCGACAAUGAGACGCUCUCACAGGUUGUGAAAGGUCAGGGACUGCGGCCACUCGCAGACAGAACUGCAGAGUCGGUGUUUAGAAACCUGAUGCUUGCUCGCCGACCGAGCCGACAACAAGUGGAGCUCUACGAGCAAAUCCUGCAGGAGGAGCAAGCUCGGAUACUUGACGAGAUGACGUUGGAUGACAUGCCUGGAGCUUUGGGUCUUUUCGGGCAAAAGAUGUCCACCAGCAAGGCUUCUGUCCUGCUCUUGGCGGUUGUCUUCGGCAUCAUCGGUGCUGUGACCAUGUUCCUCAUGCGGAAGGAGGAAGAAAAAGAACAAAGAAGGAAAGCAAAGAAGGAGAAGAAAAAGAAUCAUUGACGCAAGUAGAGCUAAGCUGCCGGUUGAAUGAAAAGCUCAGCUUACUUGGGCGCGCGGCGCAAAAGUAUGAGUGAGCCACACGUCAAAUCCGCGAACAGAAACAUUUCUUUUUAUG